UACCCCUCGCCUGACAAAGCCUGAAAUUCUCCCAAGUAUGGUCUCUUUUCCACAAUUUGACCUCUCUGCUCACCUCUCUGCUUUUGGAAUAUAACAAUAACGUCCUCCCCAUAAAAGCUGACCCGUCUCUUUUACCUUCCAUCCAUCCCUUCUCUCUGCCUCUUCCCUCCCCACUUCCACGUAUUUUCACUCACCCCUUCAUUGGGAUCGCUUCCCAAUGGCCAGCGGUACCCCCUGCUUCUAGUCAGGUCACUUUCUCUUUUUCAGCCUCCCCCCCCCCCCCGCCCCUCUCUCUUUCUCCUCAUUCAAUGUCGACGCAGUUCACUCCUUCCCCUCCUUCUCUGCACCAAAUCGCCGCCCCUUUCUCCGGCCUUUCCAUGAACAAGAAUAAUCAAAUUCUCAAGACGCGACCCUGGCCUGGCUUCCCUUCCUCCAAGGCCUUCAAUUCCUUCGGUGAUGCCACUUGCAUGGAGCAAUUGCUUGUUCACUGCGCCAACGCCAUCGAAUCCAACGACGUCACUCUCGCCCAGCAAAUCCUCUGGGUUUUGAACAACAUCGCUCCCCCAGACGGCGACUCCAAUCAGCGCCUCGCUUCCGCCUUCAACCGCGCUCUGGCAGCACGUGCUGCCAAAUCCGGCAGCUGUAAAAUGCUUGCCGUUGUCACCGACGACCGUACCAACCCCGCCACCGUAGACAUCCACAGCUUCUCCGUCGUCGAGCUCGCCAACUUCGUGGACUUAACCCCUUGGCACCGUUUCGGAUUCACGGCGGCUAACUCGGCCAUUCUGGAAGUUACCGAGGGAUAUUCAGUUGUUCACAUCGUGGACUUGAGCUCCACGCAUUGCAUGCAGAUUCCCACGCUCAUCGACGCUAUCGCCACCCGCCACGAGGUCCCUCCUUUAAUCAGGCUCACGGUCGCUGGUUCCAAUACCGACAUCCCGCCAGUGCUUAACCUUUCCUACGGUGAGCUGGGUGCCAAGCUGGUGAGCUUCGCGAGUUCUAAGAACAUAAUAUUGGAAUUCAAAGUGAUUUCCUCUAGCUAUAAAGACGGGUUCGCGGCUCUGAUCGAACACCUUCGGGUGCAACAGAUGGUUUUGGCUGCAGAAGGGCACAGAAGGGAAGCCCUGGUGAUAAACUGUCACAUGAUGCUCCAUUAUAUCCCCGACGAAACCCUAUCCACACUAACCCCCGAACCGGACCACUUGAUUUCAACCUCUUACAUGUACGAGUCGUCGUCGUUGCGUUCGAUGUUUCUGAGAGAGGUGCGGAGCUUGGAGCCGACGAUCGUGGUUUUAGUGGAGGAAGACGCGGACUUGACAUCGAACAAUCUGGUGUGCAGGCUGAAGUCGGCGUUUAAUUACCUGUGGAUACCGUACGACACGGUGGACACGUUCUUGCCUCGAGGGAGCAGGCAGAGGCAGUGGUACGAGGCGGAUAUAAGCUGGAAGAUAGAGAACGUGAUAGCGCAGGAAGGAGUACAGAGGGUGGAGAGAGCGGAGCCGAAGAGCAGGUGGGAGCAGCGGAUGAGGAACGCCAAGUUUCAAGGGGUCGGAUUGAGUGAGGAGGGGGUUUCAGAAGUGAAGGCGAUGCUUGACGAGCAUGCAGCUGGGUGGGGAUUGAAGAAGGACGACGACCAUCUUGUUCUCACCUGGAAAGGACACAAUGUUGUUUUUGCCUCUUUUUGGAUGCCUGCUUGACUUCACUUCACUUCACUUUUCCCAUUUUUUCUUUCCCCUUAUCACCAUCAAUAAUAUCCCCCAUUAUUCUUC